AUGGUGCUGCAUCUGGUUAUUUUCCGUCACAACAACCGAAUCCCAAUAUUUGGGAAUCGAGCAAUGUCUUAUCUGAAGAAGAUGAGGCAAAUGAAGAAUGUGAGGAUGAUGGUGAGGGAAAUGAAUGAGUAUUAUCUUACUGAUGGAAUCUACCCUAGAUGGGCUUCUUUUGUGAAAUCCAUUACGAGUCCACAAACUCAUAAGGAUCGUUUAUUCGCAAAACACCAGGAAGCUGCAAGAAAAGACGUUGAACGUGCAUUUGGGGUCCUUCAAGCUCGUUUUGCCAUUAUUAAAAAGCCGUCUUUGGCGUGGGAUACCGACAUACUCCACAAUAUCAUGCUCGCCUGCAUCAUAAUACAUAAUAUGAUCGUUGAAGAUGAACGAGAGACGUAUCAAAAUAACGUUAAUACCAAUGAGUUUAUGAAUGCUGGAGGGAACGCUAAUGAGGACACUACCGAGUACCGUACUGAUCGUAUUGUGGAUAUCGGCUUAUACUUGUCUCGUAGAACAGAGAUUGAGGAUCAACAGACUCAUUUGCAGCUAAAAAACGACUUGGUCGAACAUAUAUGGAAUAAAUUUGGUAACAACGAAAACUUAGGCAACUAG